AUGAGUGACCAUGAAUUCCAGGCGACUGGCGAAUGCCACAACAUCCACCUCCUCUGGGGUGAACAACAUCAUAUCCACAGCUGGAGACAACCUGGGGAGUGCCAUUGGGGCAGCAGAACCCUCGCCAUUGCCAUGAAGUUGACCACCGCUUCUGACACUAUUCCUUCCUGGUCAUACAUGAAUUGCCUGGAUUUUAUAACUGGCAUUCUCAUGGCCUCCGAACCGAAACGAUGGUCUCCUAAGCAUGUGAUGGCCAUUCGACCUCGAGGCGCAUCCAGUCCUCGCACUCGGUUGUCCGUAUAG